GUGCGGGGUCGCCUAGCGACCAGCAAUCAAUUAAUCAUGGCGAGCAGCGCGAGCUCCCGGGGCGCCGCGCUCGUCCUGCACCCAGGUCCGCCAUCUGCACCAGCCAAACCGAGCAGAUGGGCGGAGAGGAGGGAGUAGUUGGCGUGGCCGAGUUGCGGCUAUUGAUCGUGGCUUCUGGCAUCCGUGCUGGUGGUGGGGUCUGUUUUCAUUGAUGGUUCCUGGUUGAUUUGCCGGCGAGGCUCGUUGGGUGUUUCUGACAAGCUGCUAAAUACUCCUGGCGUUUCCUUUCAGUUGAGGGUGGGCAGGCGAGGAAGCAUAUUUAACUUCUGGAGAAAACAUUGCUUGUGAUCAGCUGAGGAUAGUUCCUGAAAGUGAAAGAACUGAAGAACAAAAACACCAAAAUGAAGCACUUCCUGAGAAGAUCUACAAUGUCAUAAGUUUAAGAUGGACGAGUAGUGUGUCAUUUAAAGAAUGUUUGUCCAGGUUUGCCUGUACUUCUAUUGCAAAUGCAUAUGGCGCUGUCUGAAAUUCGUGGUGAGGAAACUGACGGGACGCUGCGAGUUGCAAAGGAUCUGCUACAGCACAAAGCCAGGCGCUGGCAGAACUAUGAAAAUCGAAUCGUCACUGAGAAGUUCAAAAAACAAGUUGCUCCAGAAUUCCGUCAGUGUUCAUCCAGAUGCUAUUGAAAAAACUAUAGAUACCAUCAUGGAACUGAAGAGGAUUAAUCCAGAUGUAAACCCGCAGCUGGGUGUCUCCCUGCAGGCCUGCCUCCUACAGAUUGUAGGGUACAGGAAUUUGAUUGCAGAGGUUGAAAAACUGCGCAGAGAGCCCUAUGAUUCUGAGGAUCCCCAGCAUGAAGAAAUGCUUCUGAAGCUAUGGAAAUGCUUGAAACCUGAUUUCCCAUUGGAAGCUCGGAUUUCCAAGCAGUGGUGUGAAAUUGGUUUCCAAGGUGAUGAUCCUAAAACAGAUUUCAGAGGAAUGGGCCUCCUGGGGUUGUAUAACUUAUUAUAUUUUGCUGAAUGUGAUGCUGCUGCAGCUCAGCAAAUCCUCUCUGACUCCCUUCAACCAAAAUACAGGGAAGUCACUAAAGAGGAGCUAAGCAAAUUCAGCAAGGCUGAGUGGGAGAAGAAAAAGUUUGAUAAGGCCAUUGGCUACUCUUUUGCUAUUGUUGGCAUUAAUAUCACAGACCUUGCAUACAACCUGCUUGUGAGCGGUGCUCUGAAAACACACUUCUACAAUGUUGCUCCAGAGGCUCCAACGUUAUCCCAUUUCCAACAGACAUUCUGCUAUCUGAUGCACGAAUUCCAUAAAUUCUGGAUUGAGGAGGACCCCCUGGACAUCAUGGAGUUCAACCGCGUGCGAGAGAAGUUCCAUAAGCGCAUUCUCAAACAGCUCCAGAAUCCGAAUAUGGCCCUCUGCCCUCACUUCGCUGCCUCAGAAAGCCUGAUCAACCUGUAGCCGUGAAACUUGGUUUGGUUUUUUGAAAACACUGCCUCAUUCUUGUGUUAUGCCACCAUCCUAGAGAUAAAUCGCUAAUGUAUUGAAUGACCAUAGUGAUGGCAUGCAUGCUUCUUGGUGCAGUAUUCAUCUCUCUUUUUCCAGCCAACUCCUCAUACUGCUUCUUCCAAGGGUUUUUUUUUGUCAUAAAGAUGGGAGAGAUCAUAUUGCAGUGUUAAGACAUUAUGAAUUGAUGUCCUGUAUGAAGAAGUUUGUUUGUUUUUCCUGGUUUUUUUUAGACUUUCCCCACCACCCCACUCCUUGUGCCACCCCAUCAUUCAGCAUUUAAUUAAAGAACGGCAUUUCUCUAGCUGUUGGGGGUGUUUUGUAUAUGUGGAAUAUUUGAGUUGAAAAUUUGUAUUUGUGGACUGCUUUUGUUCUAUGAUAGCUAAGAACGUUUUUUUUUAAUUAAAAAAACACAAAGUAUGAUGCAGCUGAAGGGGUGUGCUUUUAAAGGUCCCAUCCCCAGUGAAAUCAGUGAGGCUGAAAAGCACUUAACUUCGGCUGAAUUGUGUCCUGUUUUUGUACAAUAUUUAGAAGGCAGCAUAUGUGACUUGCACCUCAUGCCAACAUAGUACGUUAAAGGCGAAGACUUUUUAUCUCUCUCUCCAAGCAACCAUGCAUGUUUCAUGCAGUUUUUUAAAAAAAUAAUGUUUAUGAUUAAAAUGUGUAAAUACAGUUGGCAUACGCAGGACGUGAGAUGAAGCUGAGCUGACAAUCUGGGAACCUGUGUGUUGAGCAAGUUUGAGAACACUGACCACAUUGUGAUAGCAAAGACCAAAAACUAAAUAAAUAAAUACACCAAUUAUUAUAUGAGUAUCCAAGGAGGGUUUGUUUUCUCACAAGUUUGCAUUAGCCUACAGUUCAGCCUACUCCUGUUAUCAUGGCCAAAUUGAAAUAGCACUGCUUUGAAAAUGCAGAGCUAAUAACAUGCAUUUCUAGGUGACAGAAUGUGACACAAAUUGAUCAUGUGUGUGCUUGGUUGCUUUAGGGGGGACCAAAACACACACACACCCCACACACAAAUCUAUAUUUUCUUCAUUUUUGAAGUAUUGGAUUUUAGGCCGAGAGGAAUCAAUUAACAAAGAGGCAUCGAAGAAAACAACGUAACUGGUGGUUAAGCAUUGGACAAAGCGACUUU